CACGUGGGCCGAAAAUACAUAUAUAAAAGGUAGAAGAAGCCAUUGUUCCCGAUAUAAAGAAGUAGCUAGUGAACAUGGCGUCAACAAGCCGUGGAGACGGCCAGGCCCUUCCUAAGGUGCAGUGCCCCAACCACCCAGACUCCAUGCUGGUGGAAGACUACAGAGCAGGGGAUAUGAUCUGCCCCGAGUGUGGCCUUGUAGUGGGUGACAGGGUGAUUGACGUCGGCUCAGAGUGGAGGACGUUCACCAAUGAGAAAGCCACCAAAGACCCGUCUAGAGUGGGCGACGCCCAGAACCCACUCCUCAACGGGGGAGACUUGACCACCAUGAUCAGCAAGGGAACAGGCGCGGCUAGUUUUGACGAGUUCGGCAACUCCAAGUACCAGAACCGGCGGACUAUGAGCAGUUCAGACCGCGCCAUGCUAAACGCCUUCAAAGAGAUUACCACCAUGGCCGACCGGAUCAACCUACCAAGGAACAUCAUAGACCGAACAAAUAACUUAUUUAAGCAAGUGUACGAACAGAAGAGCCUGAAGGGCAGGGCCAACGACGCCAUCGCAUCAGCCUGCCUUUACAUCGCCUGCAGACAAGAGGGCGUGCCUCGGACGUUUAAAGAGAUCUGCGCGGUGUCCCGCAUCUCCAAGAAGGAGAUCGGCCGCUGCUUCAAGCUGAUCCUCAAGGCCCUGGAGACCAGCGUGGACCUCAUCACCACCGGAGACUUCAUGUCCCGCUUCUGCUCCAACCUGGGCCUGCCUAAGCAGGUGCAGAUGGCGGCCACCUACAUCGCCCGGAAGGCCGUGGAGCAGGACCUGGUGCCCGGCAGGAGCCCCAUCUCUGUGGCCGCCGCCGCCAUCUACAUGGCCUCCCAGGCUUCCGCCGAGAAGAAGACCCAGAAAGAGAUUGGAGACAUCGCCGGUGUGGCAGACGUCACAAUCAGACAGUCGUACCGACUCAUCUACCCCCGAGCGGCCGACCUCUUCCCCCCGGACUUCAAAUUCCACACCCCUGUGGACAAACUGCCCCAGCUGUGAAGACCCACUCGCCCCGACGACACUUUAAAGGUUAUUUUUCUAGUUUUUAUUCUAUUAGCGAUUUUUCCCCCCUUGUUAAUUAACUUAAGACUUCAGGCCAUUGUGAAGGCACUUUUUGCAGGAAUACAGACAAGUACAGGACACACAUUCCAAUACUUUAAAAAAUGAGAUUGCAAACUGUACUUACAGUAUUUCAUUUGAGUGGUAUAUAUACUGUAUAUACAGUGAGGGAAAAAAGUAUUUGAUCCCCUGCUGAUUUUGUACGUUUGCCCACUG